AUGGACGACCCUGAAAAGGCCGCCAAGCGGCUGAGCCAUGAAGACUACACAGUAGGGUGGAUUUGCCCGCUGGAGGUUGAGCAGAUCGCGGCCCAGGAGAUGCUGGAUGAAGAACACGAGCGGCUGCCACAGCCGGCUAACGAUCACAACGUCUACACGCUCGGCAGCAUCAACGGGCACAACGUCGUCAUCGCAGGACUCCCCUCCGCCGGUAACAAUCCAGCUGCAACCGUCGUUACCCAGAUGCGCAACACGUUUGCGGAGCUGCGCUUUGGGCUCCUCGUUGGUAUCGGUGGCGGAGUUCCCGCUUUUACCGAUAACGGGCACAUCCGUCUCGGCCAUGUCGUUGUUAGCAAGCCGACUGGCGAGCACUCGGGGGCCGUGCAGUACGACCACGGCAAGGCUGAGGCAGGCCAGUUCCGCCGGACCGGCUUUCUCGCUGCACCGCCUACCAUUCUGCUCAACGCAGCCCAGGACCUCGCCGUAAGACGUGCGCGGUCGAGGACGGACCCGCUUCACGCGCACCUAAGCAGAAUUGACACGACUAUCCGCGGACUACGACGUUACAAGUAUCCCGGAGCCGACAAGGACCACCUCUACAGAGCCGACUAUGUUCACCCAGAGCCGAAGGUUUCGUGUCAAAAGUGCGGAUGCGAUCCGAGCCAGCGAGUUGAUCGCAGCAGCGACGGCGACAGCGACGAGGAGGAUGAAGAGAACGGAGAAGAGAUAGUGGUGCACCGGGGCACGAUCGCGGCUGGGGAGUUGGUCGUGAAGGACGGACUGCUACGCGACAAGCUGGCCAACCAGUACGGCAUACUUUGCUUCGAGAUGGAAGCGGCUGGGGUUCUGGCCGACUUCCCCUGCCUUGUUAUACGUGGUAUUUCGGAUUACUCUGACUCCAACAAGAACGACAAGUGGCAUGGAUACGCCGCGGCGACGGCUGCGGCGUACGCGAGGCAGCUGUUCUUUCAUAUGCCCGUGGAUGAGGUCAGGAAAUGCAGGAUAGCUGAGAGCGGAAGUGGGAAAACGAUUUUGAGCUCCUCCAUCAUCGACGAACUCGCGAAGAAAGCUCAAGAUCCCGCUGACGUUGUUUUAUACUUUUACUUUGAGUACAAAUCGAACGGUAAUGUUACAUUUGAUGGCAUGAUCCGCAACUUUGCCGCGCACCUCUUCCCAAAGAAAAAGGAGGCACAAGAGGCGCUACAGAGCUUAUACGAUGACAACCAAAACGGACUGCCGCCAACGAAAGGCCUUAUCAAGACGUUUGAGUCCAUGGUCAGUCACUUCAAUCGGGUCCAGAUUGUGAUUGAUGCGUUGGAUGAAAUCAAACAUCGCAAAGAUCUAGAUACUCUGCUUGAGUGGAUCAAGGCUACAGCAGACGCUCCCAACGGACGAAUCCGGCUGAUCGUUACCAGCAGAAAGGAAGAGGAUAUUGAAUCGCUCUUGAGCAAUGUGGGAGAGACAGUUGUCCUGUCACGAGACGUGGUGAAAGACGACAUCAAAAAGUUUCGAUUAGUCUUCUGCCAGCUUGAAGAACUGCGCACCUGCUUCAACUAUGAAGACCUGCUUGAAACGUUGCAAUCUUUACCCCAGACACUGGAGGACACCUAUACCCGAAUUCUGGAUGGACUUACUUCAAAAAAGCAAAGACAACGAGCUAUCACUAUUCUUCAACUCCUACUUUUCCACAGAUCCGGCAUUUGA